AUGACUCUUGUAGUUGCUGUAAUUUCUCUAUCGGCACCGAUAGCUUGUUUUGUGCCGUCAAUAGUAAAUUACAACCUUGGAGAUUCAGCAAAGGCAACUCCACCAAUUCUUGCAACUGUGUCGUUUCAUGUUAAAGCUGUUGAUCCAUCAAUCGUUCGAUUGGUUGAUAACAUACUAAGGAUGAUUGGUUUCUCACUACCGAUUAUUGCACUUGCUGACAUUGUAACGAUGAUUGCUGUAACUUUAUCAUUGAUUGCUCAACUUGCCGAGACACUCUUGAUGAAAAUUGCAACUCUUCGAGUGAUGCCCAUAAUUGCCGCAUCCAUUCAGAUUCUACCAAUGAUAGUUGUUGAAUUUGUUGGAUUUGUGUCACCGAUUGCUGCUCUUGUUGCGAUUGUACCAAUGGUUAUUGGAUCGAUGCUACCGAUGGACCUGCUUGCACUGGAGACGGCUGAAUCUGUUGAAAUCGCACCAAUGGUUGAUGAGCCUGCAAGAAUGGCUGUAACGACAUCUCAUUCAACUGCGUUGCUAUUUGAUCGGUCGGUCGAGACUCCAUUGAUGAUGACUGUGACUCCGUGGACUGUAUCAAUUGCUGAAGUUGUAACUACGUCUAAGAUUGAACUGACUGUGAAAUCUCAUGAAUCGAUUGAGGCUGGAUCUCUGCCGAUGAUUGAUGCUGAGCUAAUUUUAGAGACUGUGUUAGCUGUUGGGACUGUAAUGGCCUAA